GGAUGGUUUCAAUCAAAUUUUAAUUAUCACCACAACCUUGGGGGCAGAAGUGUGGCUGUGGGGCAGAAGAACCCUGGGGGUGCGUUGCUGUGAGAUCACAACAGGGAAUACAACCACGGUUCCAUGGGCACUGCCAGCCCUGGCCCAGCGCUGCCAGCUGCAGGAGCUGUGCAGGAGGGCAGAUGGACACAAGCCACAAGGUCAAGUGCUAGAAAACCUCUGGAGAGAAGGAGGGAUGCUCAGCGAGACAGGGAGCGAGCAGCCAGGAGGGACAUACCCAGACACUUCCAGAGCAGACACUGCUGUCCUCCAGUGCAGAGCAGGCACCUGAGCCUGGUUUGCCCUCACCAGACCCCUCUUGUCCCACCGCAGGCUCUUCCUCCGUGCCCGGCGUCCCUGCGGAGCGCCAGCCAUGCUGAAGCCCGCCGUGGUCAUAGACAGCGGCAGCCGCUUCACGCGGGGCGGCUUUGCGGGCCAGCGGCAGCCCCAGUGCGUGCUGAGGACGGUGCUGGUGCCGCCCUGCAGCCUGGGCACGCCGUGGCAGCCCUGCCCUGGCACGGAGAGCCCGCGGUGCUCGGCCGCAGCCCUGCGGUGCUGCCCGCUCAAGUACGGCCUCGUUGAGGACUGGGAGGGCAUGAGAGCGCUGUGGAGCCACCUCUUCUGCUGCUGCCUCAAAGUGUCCCCAGAGGAGCACCCGGUGCUCCUGGCCGAGUCCCCGUCCUGCCCCGCCGCCGACAGGGCGAAGGCGGCCGAGGUGCUGUUCGAGGGCCUCGGCGUGCCCGCCCUGCACCUGGCCAACACCGGCUUCCUGUCGCUCUGCGCCCACGGCAGGGUCUCCGGGCUGGCCGUGGAGGCCGGGGCGGCGGUGUCCCACGUCACCUCCGUGCUGGGGGGCCAGACCCUGAGGAAGGGCACCCGCUGCCUGGGGGUGGCCGGGGACCAGCUGUCCAGGCACCUGCAGCGGCUGCUGCUGCAGAGCCCCGCGGAGCCCUCGGCGCUGCAGGCCCUGACGAGGAAGGUGCUGACCCAGCUGAAGGAGCAAUGCUGCUACGUGUCCUUGGACUACGAGGGAGACCUCCAGAAGGGCUCCCAUGCCCCAGCCAGGUUCCAGACCCCCGACGGGCACUGGAUCACCCUGGGCAAGGAGCGCUUCUGCUGCCCGGAGCCGCUGUUCCGGCCCGAGCUGCUGCAGCUCAGCUGCCCCGGCCUGCACCAGCUGGCUGGGCAGAGCCUGCAGGCGCUGUCCAAGCAGGCCAGGAGACACAUACUGGGCAACAUCGUGCUCUCUGGAGGCUCCUCCAUGUUUCCUGGCUUUCCCGAGAGGAUGUGCUUGGAGCUGAACUUCCUUUUCCAAGGAGCAGGUGUGCACAUCGAGGUGCUGGCGAACCCCCAGAGGGGCACGGCAGCCUGGGCUGGGGGCUCCAUGGCAGCCUCGCUCACGUCCUUCCAGCACUCGUGGAUGACAAAAGGCGAGUACCAGGAGCACGGGGCUGAGUAUGUGCACACGAAAUUCCAGUAGAGAGGUGGCAGCCAUCCCCGGUGUCACUGCUGGAGUGGCUGAAGCACUGCCCUGCUCCGGGGGCAGCUGCAGCAGCGGUGCCCCAGUGGCUCCUGUGUUGCUGCAGGGGUGCAGAGUCAAUUAAAGUGCCCCAAAAGAAACAAAGUGCUUUUCACUGAGACUCUGGGUU